GAAAAUGUUGAGUGUGUGCACGUAUGUCAUUUUCGUUGCCUUUUCGGCGGUUCCAUGGGAACUUGGUUAUGUGGUUGCUGUGGAAAUGACCCCCACAGUUAUCAAGAAUAAAGUACAGGGGUUUGAAUACGGUGAUCCGCAGAAUUGCCCUCAGCAGACUGUGGACAUGCUAGAAGUCAUUCCCCGUAACGGCUGGGACAAUCUCCGUAACGUCGACAUGGGUCCUGUCAUGGCACUCAACUAUUCAAAGUGUCGACUAACAUUGGACCGAAAAUUCAUGAUUCCAGACAACAUGUAUGCCGUUCCACUAAAGAAAAGCAACGUCGAGAUGACCUCGGAACUUUAUACGCACUUUUUAAACUACACCGAUGUCACGUCGAGCUCGAUAAAUCUUGAAGCGCAUGCAUGGUGGACCUUUGGGUCUAUCAGCGGCUCUUUUUCAAGGUCUUACCAAAAUUCAAAGAUGCACAGCACGGAAGAUAAAUCUGUUCUUAGCAGGGCGCAACUACGUUACGUGUUAUACAAGAUCCAUAGUCAGCCAGACCCCCAACUCCACCCCAACUUCAAAGAUCGUCUGCUAGAAAUUGCGUCCUAUAUACAAAAGGGGGACAAAGACAGUGUCACUUAUCUAUCGGAGCUUCUUGUUCGCGAUUACGGUACUCAUUUUGUUACCGGCAUUGACGCCGGAGGAGCAAUCAUCCAAGAAGACCACUUAGAUUCAUCGUACGUAAAAAACAUGGACCAUGACCGGUCUACUAUCAAGGCUUCGGCUAGCGCUUCUUUAUUUGGGUUAAUCGGUGCCAGUGGGUCUUAUACCCAUACUGUAAAACACGACCAACUAGAAAAAUAUCUCCGGAGUCGCGUGUCCUUUCACAUAAAGACAUUGGGGGGACCACCGUUUCGCAGCAAUUUCACGUUAGACCAGUGGGUGGAUGAUUUGCAAAACAACCUUGUAGCCGUGGACCGCAAAGGUGAUCCACUCUACUACAUCAUCACGACAGGUGCGUUACCAGAGUUACCGCUGGAUACAGUGCGUGAUUUAGCCGACAGCGUUCAGAAAGCGGUGAAAAGUUACUAUUUGUAUAACGUCUAUCGUGGCUGCACUAGUGUCGACUCUCCAAAUUUUAGCUACAUUGCUAACUUUGAUGAUAAUACCUGUGUAAAUCCUUCCACAAAUUUCACGUUCGGGAGUGUUUACCAGACAUGUUCUGGAGGACUGUGUUCUCCUGGGGAUUCCCUGGUAAACCAGAAAACUGGAACGUUUUCCUGCCCUCCUCAAUACACCGCGGUCCUUUUAGAUGAAGGCAAACUGCACCAAUGUCACCAGGAAUGUAACCAUUUUUUGUUUAUCACCUACGGCUGCCAUGACGUAUGUAAGGAUAGAAAUUACCAGAUUUACUGGUGUGCUGCCACUGGAGAGGUUGAACAAGAGUCGGGCUUUUUAUUUGGUGGUACUUACACAGCCAGUGCGGACAACCCACUGACGCAGGGAAAGAGUUGUCCGGAUCAUUUCACAGCGAUUAAACUGGGUGUGCCGCUUCCUAUCUACAUAUGUGUGAAUGACGAUUACGAACUGGGAUUUCGUUAUGCCAUACCUUUCGCCGGUUUUUUCAGCUGUUCCUCGGGAAAUCCGCUCGCUAUUUCGCCACACACACCUUACCUUCACAACCGCUCUGUCGUAGGGGCGACGUUGGGUUCAGCUGCUAUCACGCCUCUUUGGCCCAAAAGAUGCCCUCACGGUUACAGUCAACACCUCCUUGCAAUAAACGAAGGUUGUGAGAUUAACUACUGUGUGAAAGCCCACGCCCUGACGCCAAAUGCUUUACCCAUUAUCAGACGGCCGCCGUUCCAAUCGAAGCCCAUGGAACCGAGCGAAUCUGCCAGCCGUUCCAGUGAGACUGGGCUCACUGUUGUCGUUGCCGUACUAGGCACGGCUCUGUGUGGAGUCAUUGUAGGACUGAUAGCGUUUGCGGUAGUAAGGCGUCGCCGCCUGUCCUCGGCGUCUGCAGAUGAGCAUGGCGCGCUAGCUAGUGAAUGACGGUGACUUGG